UUAGAAAAUGUAAAGGCGUCAAAAUACAUUAAAAAAAAAUUUUGUGAAAGCAGCGAAGCCUCCGGGGCUGCGCAAUACUAUCCUGCGACAUAGUUGUCUCUGAGGAACCUUCACCCUCCGUUGAGCCAGCAUUGGACAUGGCCGCACAGGUUCAGGAAAGAUGCACGUUGAUAACUCCUGGCAUCCUACACGCAGACACUGAUGAAACCAUCAUACUGGACGGACACAACUCUGGAUUUGAGGCUGACAUAAUGGUCCAGGAUUUUCCAGCUAAGAGACAGUUAUUAGCUCAGACAAAGAUCUUGGUCAAUAGUAAUAAUGACUUCUUGGGAACAACAUCAAUAAAUAUUAAAUCUCGAGAUCUUCUGAGCGUACCAAAAAGAAGAUAUUAUGUAUCUGUACUCGUACGUUCCUCACAAUGUGUGUUGGAGAAAGUAGUUCUUGUGACUUUUCACAGUGGAUACAUCUUCAUCCAGACAGACAAGACUAUUUACACCCCAGGAUCUAAAGUUCUCCACCGUAUUUAUCCUCUGAACUACAAGAUGCAGUCAAAAAAACAGACAGUGAUCAUUGAGGUUAAGAACCCAGACGGGAUUGUAACACAAAAUAAUCAAUGGUUUCCUGAUAAUUAUGGCCUCAUCUCGAAAUCUUAUGAGCUGUCUGAACUAGCAAAGCAUGGCACCUGGACUAUCACCGCACGUUAUGACAACACACAAGAGGAGUUCUCUGCACACUUUGAAGUGAAAGAAUAUGUACUACCAAUUUUCGAAGUUACCAUAAUGCCAGAAAAAAGUUUCAUGUACCUAGAUGAUGAACAAUUUUCUGUUACCAUUAAAAGCCAGUACAUUUAUAAGAAGCCAGUUGUUGGUAAAGGCUUUGUUGUCUUUGGAUUAAAGAAAGAUGGGGAAAAGAAAAUUGUUACUGACUCACUGAGGAGGAUUGAGAUUUCAGAAGGAAUAGGCCACGUAAAACUGCAGCGCAAAGACUUAAUAAAAUCUUUCAAGAAUCCAGAGGACUUGCUGCAGUACAAACUCUAUGUUGUGGUGACGGUCAUCACUGACGUAGGCAGUGACUUUGUAGAAGCAGAAUCAGAUGACAUUUACAUAGUUAAAUCACCAUAUAAAAUUGCCUUCUUCAAAACAUCCAAAUAUUUCAAGCCUGGAAUGCCAUUUGAUGUCACGGUUAUGGUCACCAACCCAGAUGGAUCUCCUGCAAAAAGCAUCUUGGUGAAGGAUACCCCAGGUGUCAACCAAGGUAGAACUGAUGAAGAUGGAAUAGCAAGAUUGAAACUAAACACAGCCUUAAACGUAAAAUCUCUGACGAUAAAUGUAAAAACAGCUGUUCCCAACUUGCCUGACCAUUUGCAGGGAUCUGCACAAACAAAAGUGGAGGCAUAUAAAUCAAUAAGUGGACAGGACAAUUACCUACACAUUGGCAUGGCAAAUAAUGUCCUUAAACCAAAAAAACUGAUUUACAUAGACUUUAAUAUCUUGACUGGCAAAGCUGAAGUCCAGAAGCAGAUCAAGCACUUCUCUUACUUGGUCCUAAGCAGAGGCCGGAUAAUGAAAGCGGGCAAGUAUGUUCGUAAGGAGGGCCAACCCCUGGUCAGCAUGCCACUGUUCAUCUCUGAGGAUCUGAUGCCAUCUUUCCGUAUUGUUGCAUAUUACACAAUUAACAAAGAGGGUAUCAAUGAGAUAGUAUCUGACUCUAUAUGGGUGGAUAUAGUGGACAGUUGUAUGGGAACGCUGUCACUGGAAGCCGAAAGAAACAUUGCAAAACCUCAAACGCCAAUAAAAUUAACCCUGAAAGCAAACCAUAAAUCCAGUGUUGGGCUAGUGGUGGUGGACAAAGGUGUUUUUGCAAUAAACAGCAAGCAUAAACUGACUCAACGAAAGGUAUGGGAUACUGUGGAGAAAUCCAACCUUGGAUGUAGCCCUGGAAGUGGUGCUAAUAAUAUGGGCGUAUUUUACGACGCUGGACUUGCUGUACAGACAAAUUUUAAAAUGACCACUACGGAGAGAACUGAUGCAUCAUGUACGGACACUAGAACACGCAAAAAAAGAUCUUCAGCGCUUUUAAUGGAACAAAAAACUCAGAAGGCUUCUACUUACACAGACCUGGAAAAGCAGUGCUGCAGCGAUGGCAUGGCCAGCAACCCGAUGGGCCACAGCUGUGAUCGGCGUGCUCGCCACAUUCAAGAUGGAGACAAGUGUGUGAAGGCUUUCCUGGACUGCUGCAGAUACAUUGAACUGAAACUGAAGACUGAGAGGUUUCAGAAAGAAAAUGAUGACCUAGAUAGAAGUGAAGAUGACUAUGAAUAUUAUCCAGAUGCUGACAUUAUGGUCAGGAGUGAUUUUCCAGAGAGCUGGUUGUGGAGCAUUGUAAAAAUGGAAGAACCGCCUGAUGCAGAGAACAUCUCAACAAAAGUCCUGACGAAUGUCAUCCUUAAGGACUCCAUAACAACAUGGGAACUGCUGGCUGUGAGUCUAUCAGAAGAUAAAGGCAUCUGUGUGGCUAAACCAUAUGAAAUCCAGGCCUUCCAGAGCUUCUUUGUUGACCUAAGACUUCCAUAUUCUGCGGUGAGGAAUGAACAGGUUGAAAUUCGAGCCAUCCUCUACAAUUAUGAAUCAAAAGACUUACAGGUGCGCGUGACCUUUGCUCACAACCCUGAGUUCUGCAGUCUUUCUACAGCCAAAAAGCCAUACGCAAUUGUGGUAAAAGUGAAGAAAAACUCUUCCUUUCCUGUUCCAUUCGUCAUUGUGCCACUCACUUUAGGACAACAUUAUGUUGAGGUGAAGGCUUCAGUGUAUGGAGAAUUUGGGGGAGAUGGUAUCAGGAAGAUGCUGAAAGUGGUGCCAGAAGGUGUUCGUAUGACAACAGUUAUAACAUCAAAAAUACUGGAGCCACAGGCAAGAAAUGGAGAAGAUGUAGUAAAUGUGCCAUCCCUUACCAAUAAGAAUAUUGUUCCAGAUUCAACAACAAGAAUUAUUACCAACAUACAAGGCAUUCCAAUUGCACAAUUUCUUGAAGAUGCCAUAGAUGGUGCAAGUCUAAGUCAUCUUAUUAUUGUCCCAUCUGGUUGUGCGGAACAAAACAUGCAAAGAAUGACUCCAGUCGUCAUUGCUACACACUAUCUUGACAAAACUAACCAGUGGGACCGAAUAGGACUGAAUCGCAGAGAUGAGGCCGUUCAAAAUAUUCAGAAAGGUUACAGCAAUCAACUUGUUCAUCGCGCAAAGGAUGGAUCUUAUGGAUCUUUCACUAGGACAGCCUCUGGCACCUGGCUCACCGCUUAUGUUGUCAAAGUCUUUGCUAUGGCUAAAAGUCUCAUAGACAUGAAUGAUGAUAUUCUGUGCGGCUCCGUUAAGUGGCUCAUCUUGCAGAGGCAGAAGCCAGAUGGGAUGUUUCAGGAGAACAUUCCCCUUUAUGCUCAAUAUGUAAAGGGUGGUCUUGGUGGUUCGACAGACCCUGAUGUUGCGAUGACAGCUUUUGUUAUUAUUAGUCUACUGGAGAGUCAGCAAUACUGUUCCAAGUACUUAAACAAUCUACAGUUCAGUAUUAAUAGAGCCGUAAACUUCAUAGCUGAUAGGUAUCAACACCUGAAGAUACCAUAUUCUGUGGCGAUAACAUCAUAUGCGCUAACUCUGGCUGGCAGACUGAACGACCCAUCCAAGCUAUUAUCUGUAGCAAAAGAUAAAUCUUACUGGGAUUCAGACGGAUCCAAUAUAGUCUCUAUAGAGGCCACAUCAUAUGCUCUCCUUACUCUUCUGAAAAUGGAUGCAAAGGACGCCAUUGAUCCAGUGGUUCGCUGGCUUACCGAGCAACGAUUCUAUGGUGAAACAUACGUAUCAACACAAGCUACAAUAAUGCUAUUUCAAGCACUGGCCCAAUAUCAAUUGGCCAAAGCUGAUCAGGAGGAGCUGAAUAUGGAUGUUACUUUCCAAUUGCCUGGAAGACGAGAAAAUACUAAAUAUCGUAUCAAUGUUGACAAUGUUAAUCGGGCUCGAUCUGAAGAGACAAAUAUAAACAAAGAUUUUGUGGUAAAGGCAAGGGGACGUGGAAAAGCUACAUUAACGGUGAUGGCUGUUUACUAUGAGGCAAAGAUAGAGGCGGAAAAAAAAUGCGAGGACUUUGAUCUUUCGGUCACUGUGGCUAAUGAACCUCUUGGUAGACAUGAUGCUUUGGAGACAAUUUCUAUGAAUAUUUGCUUCAGAUACCGCAAUAAUGUAGAUGCCACCAUGACCAUCAUUGAUGUUUCCAUGAUGACUGGAUUCUCCCCAGAUGAAAAUUACAUGAAAAAUCUUAUGAAUCGAGUGGACAAGUAUAUCUCCUACUUUGAGAUCAACAAAGGGGCUUUCGAUAAAGGAUCUCUAAUCAUCUAUCUGGAUAGGGUCUCUCACACAGAGGAAGAAUGUCUGAAGUUCAAUCUUAACAAAUAUUUAAAUGUGGGAUUUGUCCAACCUGGAUCUGUCACAAUAUAUGAAUAUUAUGCACCAGAACAUCGCUGUCAUAAGUUCUAUCACAGGGAAGAUGACAAAAAAUUCAUUGGUCGCAUCUGUCAUGAGAAUGUGUGUCGGUGUGCUGAAGGAAACUGUUUGAUGAAUCAAGACACAGAAGUUGACACUGCAGUGGAACGAAUGAAGAAAGCCUGUGAUGCUGGAAUGGACUACGCAUACAAAGUGUCCCUUCUUGACUUACAUUAUGAAAAGGACUUUGACAGAUAUGACAUGAAAAUAACGGGGGUGUACAAGAGAGGAGUGGAUGAAGUUGCCGUGGGUAACAGUCGGACCUUUAUCAGCAACAUUAGGUGUCGAGAAAAAUUAAAGUUAAAGAAAGGAGAAGAUUACAUAAUAUUUGGUACAUUCAAGAGCGUGUGGAACCCUAAGGCAUCGGAUUAUACCUAUGUCCUUGGGAGUGAUACUUGGAUCGAGUGGUGGCCAAAUGACAGACAGUGUCAAGACCCUGAGCAUGAAGACCUCUGUAAUGACAUUGCAUUACUUUCGGAUGAACUUGAAGUUGUUGGGUGUCAAAGUUAAUAAUAGCAAACAAAUAAUACAAAUAUUUUAAUAAGCAAUCUGAUCUACAUGCCAUAUUCUGCACAAUUAAAGAAAUAUGUAUUCCGUACGGUCUGGGUAUCUGUUG